AUGUCUACAUCUUCGAACACAUCGAAUAGUGGUCCCAAUCGUUUCCGCAGCGACGCUGCUAGCUUUUCACCGAGUGUUCCUUCUCCGGGAGUCAUGAACCAACAAAUGCAACAACACCAACAUAUAUACCCUCAGUACAUGUAUGGGACACCACAAAUGGUACCUAACCAGUAUUAUCCAUAUAUGACACCAUAUAUGAUGCACCCGAACGCACCAUACUCCGAUUUCAAUCCAUAUACUCAAGCUUACGGAGGGUACCCAAUGCAAAUACCACAGUACCCGGGGCAGCCAUAUCCAGGGAUGCCAAACAUGAGUGCAGGAGGAAAUAUGAACAUGAACACAAUGAUGAACAACAGACCUAAAAUGAACCAUAAUAAUAAAUCCAAGUCGUACAUAUCUAAUUCGAAUAGGUCAAGGUCCUCGUCAUCAGUUUCGUCGAACGUCCCAAACCAGUAUCAACAACACCAGCAGACCCCACCAGUUUCACACCCACACCCUCACCUACAAGAUCAACGGAAACAUGAAAAUAAGCCAGAGAAGCCGGCCGGAGAGGAAGCACAGCCUGAUCAAUGUAAAUCCGAUGUAACAUCAUCUACAGAUACUAAGCACGAAACCAGCAAGCAAGGAAAGAGGCAUGACACUUUGGAGUCAAUUACAAAGAAGGAUCAAGAGAAAACACCAUCGACGUCUCCUAACAAGCCAAUGUCUUAUCCAUUAUAUUUCAACGAAAACCCCCAAGACUUUAUUAAAUCACAACAAUCAAUAGCGUCUGAAAGAAAUGAAUUAGUGAAACAGAAAAACGAAAGAUUGAACGAAUUUAUCAGGUCAGAAAAUAAUGAAAAGCAAAGCUUAGUAAUUAAUAGAAAUAGUAAUAUCACAAUUAUAGAUUACAAUACGAAUACUACUCACAAAACUAUUGAGAAUAAUAAUUACAAUACUCAUAGACCUAAUGACAAUGAUGAUAAUAAUAGUAAUAAAUUUAAUGAUAACAGUAAUGAAGUCGAUCAUGAUGAGGAAGAUUCAACGGAUAAAAUUAAAGAUAACAAGUCCGCUAAUUGGGCUUCAUUUUUACAAACAACGGCAGCCGUGCCAGCCAAGAAAUCAAAGUCACAACCGAAAGCUUCUACAGGGCCUACCCAAAUAUCCACUUCCAGUUCUACAACAGGUAUCAAUCCUUCCACAAAUAACACACAGGCAAACAAUAUAUUAGCUUUAGAUUCUUCUCAGCCACUCGGAAUUUUAAUGUUGAAGAUAAUGUUUGAUAAUAAUUACUCAGUAAUGAACUCUUACAAUAAUUGCCCAAUUUUCCGCGUAAAGCCUAGAGGAUUGACCAACACCGGGAAUAUAUGUUACAUGAAUGCAAUCUUGCAAGUCUUAUUAUAUUGUGAACCAUUCAAUAAGACUCUUAAGUUGGUUGAAAGUAAAUCUAUUGGCUCGUUAAGUCAAAAAUCAACAACACCGUUGUUAGAUAUAGUGAUUAAAUUCUGGAAGGAGUUUAGUCAACCAACGAACAUGAAACCAAUUUCUCCAGAUAAUUUUUAUAUGAGUUUGAUUACACAUGAAAAAUUCUCACAUUUGAAAUGGGGUCAACAGGAAGAUGCGGAAGAAUUCUUAGGGUAUUUCUUGGAUGGAUUACACGAAGAAUUUGUUGAAUCGAUUAAGGGAUUGAACACCCCUCAAACUGAUUUAUUAAUUCAACAAUUCCAACAACAGAACGAAGAUAUUGAUCAACUCAAAUUAAAUGCAUUCAAGUUGAAUAUUAAGAAUACUAUGAAAAUCAUUAAGAAGUCCAAACUGGAAAAUCAAGACACCACUCACCAGGAAGAAGUCUCUGAUCAUGAAAGUAAUGGUUGGUCAGAGGUAGGAUCUAACAACAAGAAAAUCAGCGCUAAGAGAACCGUUGAAAUUGAACCAUCUCCAAUAACAACAAUUUUUGGAGGUCAAUUUAGAUCAGUAUUGCAGAUACCUAAAAAUAAAGAAAGCCAAUCGAUAACAUUGGAUCCUUUUCAAUGUAUUCAAUUGGACAUUUCGGACUCUUCUAUAACUACUGUUGAAGAUGCAUUCAAGCAAUUGAAUGAACCCGAGAACAUUCCGUACAAGUCUUCUUCUAACAAAGAGGUUAUUGCUAAGAAGCAAACUUUUAUUGAUCAAUUGCCUAAUAUUUUAAUAAUUCAUUUGAAGAGAUUCUCAUACCAACAAGAAAAAGAUAAAGAGAACACUCCAUCUAACGAGCAAUCAUCAAAUACAUUAUCAAAUAGUUCAAGGUCGUUGGGAAGUAUUGAAAAGUUACGUAAGAAAAUUGAGUACUCUCAUCAUUUGACAAUCCCUAAUGAAGUUUUAUCUCCAUUAUAUAAACAUUCAGGCAAUAUCAGUAACCAUUAUAAAUUAUUUGGUGUUGUCUACCAUCAUGGUGUCAGUGCAGAGGGAGGCCAUUAUACCAGUGAUGUGUUGAGAAAAUCAUCGGUUUUCGAUAACGAGGAAGAAUCGAAUGAUAAGAAGGUUGAUAAUCAAUGGAUAAGAAUUGAUGACACCCAAAUUACUGAACUUGAAAAAGAUGAAGUAUUGAACGGCGGCGACGAAGAAACGACGAAGAAUGCAUAUAUAUUAUUCUAUCAAAAGACCUAA